UAUUUGUUUAUGUGACGAAAAAAUAAAAUUCUUCUUUAUGAAAUAAAACGCUUUUAAUCUACAUGUAGAAAUCAUGACAGUAUUGAACACCUACCAAUAACACACGUAUAACUUAAUUUCAAUAAUAGAUUCACAAAAGUAUUGAACACGAAACUUGAAACUUAUUAAUUGAUGGACCUCAUUAUAGGCUUAUCUCCCCUUUUAUUGUUUAUUUUUAUAUCAAAACAGGAAAUAAAGUAAAAACUUUUCAUUUCUUAACUCCCUUUCAUUUUCCAAUCUUCUGUAUAACCCUCAAAAUGCGUGGGGCCACGAUCGUGGCUUCGUUUAUAUACGGUCGUUUCUUUCGCAUUUUCUCGGUAAUUAGUUGCAAAACCGUACAUAUCCGUUUACUUCCUUCACUUCCGACUUUGAAUUUGUAAAGGACGCCAAGUUAAUUUCUUUCUAUACGUUUUUAAUCAAUCAAAAAUGAGUAGUGACAGUGAAGUUGAUUUUCCAAAUCUGAAUAAAGACAACCUAACUGAUGAGGAAUUUAUGGAUUCUGAUUUAGAUGAAGAUUUAUCUGGUAAGUACAAAUUAUACGGUUAAUUAGAUCUAGGUCUAAAUAUAGGCAAUAUCCUUCACGUGUAUCGAUCUUUUUUUUUUUUUAAACAAAUGUUUUUAUCCAUAGAUUAUUUUAAUUUGGGGUGACCAAAAGUAACUAAAAAGGGCGUGGCACCUCAAAUUGUUUGUUUACAUUAUUAGAUUAGAUCAAUAUUUGAAAAAUAGUAAGCUUUAAUUUAAAAUAUGAUAUUACUAAUACUAAUAUUAGAUCUAAUAGAUCUAUCUAGGACAAUCUAGGUCCUAAGUCAAUCUGUAAUAUAAUAAUUUCAGUAUAAUUAGUCUAGAUCUAUAUCUUAUGAUAAUUUUUUUUCUUUAUUUUCAGAAUCAGAUGAGGCAGAAUCUUUUACACCCUCUGCUGAAGAAUGGAGACCUGUUGAUGAUCAUGAUUGUGGUCCCAGGCCAGUUUUAUUUACAGCCCACCCAGGCCCAAAACAUGCACCAGCUCCAGAUGCAAAGCCUGUGGACUAUGUCAACCUUUUUUUGACAGAUGACAUUGUCAGUUUGGUUGUCAACGAAACCAAUAAAUACGCCAGGCAGUUCAUCGAAGAUAACCACGAAAACCUGGAAACCACGCCAAGAUCUUGUGUCCACAAGUGGACACCUAUCUCAAAUGAAGAGUUUAGGGCAUUUUUAGGUGUGACAAUGAACAUGGGAUUAAAUAAAAAAGCCCAACUACAACGCAUAUUGGGACUCAUGCAAUCUGAGCCAAGAAACACCUUGGUUCCCUGUUCACAUGAACCGAGAUCGCUAUCAGAUUAUUAUAAAAUUUCUUCACUUUGCUGACAACAUGCUGUUACCAGAUAGAAAUGAUAUUGGUUUCAAGCUUUUCAAGGUCCAAGAACUUAUAAAUGCUAAAUUUAAAUACUUUUACCACCCCACUCAAAAUGUCAGCAUUGACGAAAGUAUGAUUGGGUUCAAAGGAAAAACCCCUCAUAUCCGCCAGUUUAUGCCUAACAAGAGGCAUGCCAGAUUCGGCAUUAAGAUGUGGUGUUUGUCAGACAAUGCUAAUGGCUAUCUUUGCCAGUUUGAAAUAUAUGAGGGCAGUCAAGGAAGAAGAAUCGGCAAUGGCAGGUAAUAUACGCAUGAGCUUAUAAUUAGGCUUAUGACUGCAGCCGGUCUGUUAAACAGAGGACACCAUUUGGGGAUAGACAAUUUUUUUACCUCCAUAGAAUUAUUGGAAGAACUUUUCACUGAAAACACUACAGCUACAGGAACUGUUAGAUCUAACAGAAAAGGGCUACCAGAUGUUUGUGUCAAAACAAAAUUGAAAAACAAGGAGCUCAUCGCAGCCAGAAAAGGUAAUCUGCUUUGCUUGGCUUACCAGGAUAAUAGCAGAAAGCCAAUCUUGCUGUCUUCUGCUAGUAAAGCUGGUCUCAUUGAUACAGUAAACAGCAGGAAACAACCUGUAACAAGACCUGCUGUGAUUCAUGCCUAUAACCAGGCCAUGGGUGGUGUUGACUUGGGCGACGAAAAACUUUACAUGUAUAUGGCUGAGCGCCGAAGCUUGAAAUGGACAAAUAAAGUUUUUUUUUCCCUAUUUGGAAGAGCUAUUCUAAAUAGCUAUAUAAUCUACCAUAGCAACACAUCAGACAGACCAAAGCUCUCAAGGUACAAUUUCAUCGUGUCUGCACUAGAGAGCAUGACAUCAAACUUUGUACCACAAAAAGUGAUACGUAGAAAACACACUAGAACAGAGAUGGAGGCUGCACGAAUGGGUCCAACACCACUAACCCAGACUGUAGCAGGUCAUCCACUUGAUGGACAUGAUCUUAGCAAACUGCCAGUGGGGAAAAAACGACAGUGUGUUGCUGGUCAUCCAAGUCGUGUCAGAACUGGGUGGGAGUGCACAGGAUGCAAAGUUGGACUGUGUCCGGAGUGUUUUGCUAAAUAUCACAGACAGUUGUAAAUAAUCAUUCUUUCUACUUUUACAACUCUUAUAUAUAUGUGUGUAUAUAUUUUUUUCUUAAAAUUUUCUAAAUGUGGUGUUUUUUUCAAGCUUUAUUAGUUGUGAUUCUCAUGGAUUAAAUUUUUGUUGUGCUUUUUUAAAAAAUGGUUUGUAUUAUUUUUUAAAUAAUUUUUUUAUUUUUUAUUAAUAUAUGUUAAUUGUCUGGACUUAAUUAAAUUCUUUAUUCAAUUAGCUUUUCAAAAAUGUAUAGGUUUAUUAGGCUACAAUGCAUAGUUGAGCUUCUAAAAGAAAAAUAAGCAAGUGGGCCUCCAAUGUUUGUAAACACAAGAAUUUUAAUCCCACUUUUCAAUGCACUCUCUGUAAAAUAACUGAGCACUUGAAGGGUUAAAAACUUGAAUGUAAGUUUCCUGUUUACACAUCUCCUGAGACCUUCACAUGCAAUAUGUAACUAUCUAGUCCUGUACUUUAUGACACAUAAAUCUGUCUUUCAAAUAGAGCAUUCUUUCCUAAGUUGUGGUAGAUGGGUAAUGAAAGUGUAGUGAAUGUAGGAAUGACAGAAGAAAUGGAAGAAUGAAUAGCAGACCCCAUGAAUAGAGGAGGCCUUUGUUGUUGAUGACAUUUUGUCUUAUGAAGCACUAUAAUCUUCUGUAUAAUCUAACUAAUGGUU